AUGACGACUUGGGCGUACGCCCCGGACAUGCACCCUUGGUUCCGCACCCCGUCUCUCAAGCGGAAAAGCCUCGACGACGACGACCUAUCCAUCGUCGAAUGCCGUCCCCAACCCCCCGUCUCGCCCCGCGCGAAGCGGCGCAGAUACGAGGUUCUCGAGAAUGGCUUUGCACGGCUCACACUGAACGCAGCCGCCGACGGCUCCUAUAUCUCGCCCCAAAAUCCCGACGUGACUAUGGCUCAGGCGCGCGCGCCGACACCCAAGCCCAGCGUCGGCCCAGCAUGGGAGAGCUAUGCUCCCCCUGUGCUGCCCCCGACUCCGGUCGUGCGGCCAAGCGCGAUCGAGGAGCCCAUGGCGCCGGAGCAAGUGGUUGAUCUGCCAGACGUGCGAAUGAAGGUCCCGUCGUGGUACGAGAUCGAGAAAGACCGCAUCGUCAUCACAGACCUGGAGGACUCUGAUAACGAAGAGCAGGAACAGGGGGCCGCGUCUCAGGCGACUGCGAGCCUUUCCGUGUCUCCCGCUUUACUUGAUCGGCUGUCAAAGCACGCCGCGACGUCUGUACUGCCGCAACACUUUGAGCCAGAUCCCAGCAAGGCACUGGUGCUGUUCAGGCCUCUGGUCGCGUCGCACCCCUCUUCUAGUGAGUCAUCCCCGGUUCUCGGGCAAGUGGCGAUAGUCGAAGAGGUGCAAGAGGGCGAUGCAUACAACGCGGACGUACAAAGGGAUAUGCAGAUAGACGAUCCAAUGGACAUUGACAUGACCUGACUACCA